AUUAAUUUGAGAUGAGAAGUUGCAAUCAACUACCAAAUCACACACUGAUGCUAAUGAGGUGGCACUCAUUCAUUGGACAGUUGUGGGACCUAUUUUUUCAAAUCUCUUUUCCACCAUCUAUAUAAACUCCACAAAUCCUAGUUUUCCUCUCAUUGUACUCACUAACAAAAAAGAACACAAAAGCCACUGAAACACGCAGGUUCUGUUCGUAAACAUAUCCAAUGGCACCAGAAGAAGCACCCAUCCACGGGGACAUCUUAGAGGCCAUAUUAUCACACGUGCCACUCAUUCACUUGGUCCCCGCCUGUCACGUGUCAAAGGCCUGGAACCGUGCGGUGUUCUCCUCCAUAGCCCAUGUCAGACCCAUCAAGCCAUGGCUUAUAAUCCUCACUCAGAGCACCCGCGCCUCGCACGUGACAACCGCGCAUGCCUACGACCCCCGCUCCCACGCGUGGUUGGAGAUCAAGUACAACGCGCGUCACGCUUCUCCCGUUCGAUCAUCUCACUCCACGCUGCUCUACACGCUCUCCCCUGCCGGGUUCACUUUCUCCACCGACGCGCUUCACCUCGACUGGCACCACGCGCCCGCCCCUCGCGUGUGGCGCGUCGAUCCCAUCGUUGCGCGCGUGGGCAAGCGCGUGGUUGUUGCCGGCGGCGCGUGGGAGUUCGAGGACGACCCGAUGGCGGUGGAGAUGUACGACACGGAGAGCCGCGCUUGGGUGGUUUGUCAAUCCAUGCCGGCGCUGCUGAAAGGCUCGACGGCGUCGACGUGGUUGUCGGUAGCGGUCACCGGAAAAACGAUGCACGUGACGGAGAAACACUCCGGCGUGACGUACUCAUUCGACACUGUAACGGGAACAUGGAAGGGACCGUUCAAUCUGAGACCCGAUCAGAGUGUUAGUUACUGCGUCACUGGGACCCUAGGGGAGAGGUUGAUGGUGGCUGGGGUGGUGGGGGAAGCGGAUAACGUGAAAGGGGUGAAGUUGUGGGUUAUGAGAGGAGAAUUAGGUUCGGGGAUGGAGGAAGUGGAUGAGAUGCCGAAGGAGAUGGUGCAGAAGCUGAUGGGAGGUUCGGAAUUAGGUUCGGUAGAGGUGACUUGGAUUGGGAAUUUUGUGUACGUGAGGAAUACGUCGGAACCGGAGGUGGUGGUGGUGUGUGAGGUUGUGGAUGGGGUUCGUUGCGAUUGGAGGAGUGUGGAGAACGUCGUCGUUAACGACGGCACGAGGAUGGUGGUUUGUGGCGGCGAUGUGUGCAUGGAGGAUCUGCAGAGGGCGGUGGUGUCGGAGAAGCGGAAAUUUUGCAUGAAACAAGCGUGAACGGGUUCAAAGUUGAAAGUUGAAGUUUCAUUACCAUAUUAACCCUUGGAUUUUAAUUAAACGCUUUCUGCUAUUUUAAUAUAGCAGACAGAUUAUAUCUAUUUUUGUUGUAACUUUUUUGUUUAAUUAUUUAAAACGCAAAAAUGUUAGAAC